AGUGCUCGUCGCUAGUUUUAAGACUUUUUUAGGUAGUUUUACUCCAAUAUCACAAGCAAUAAAUGUGCAAAAACUAAGAAAACCUCCUGCCGUCACAGCAAACGGCCCCCAAAAUGGAAGAUAUUGACAAUAUUGUGAUCCAUACAUUGAAACAAAUUGGAUGUUCAUUGGAUGACGACAUCUCGACGUUAUCGCAAUUCACGCCCGAAAUUCUCGUGCAAGCAGUUUCCAAAUGUCUCUCGUUAAUCAAUCCAGCGUUAGAAAUCCCAAAGACUCUGCCUCCGGGAAUGGCUCAGCGAUAUGCCGUGACACAAAAACUCUCGGAUGCCGUAAAAUCUGUCGGUUUUCGGGGCGAUAUCGGAUACCAGACGUUGUUGUACUCAAAUACAACGGAAGUUCGUCGCGUUUUGAUGUUCCUCGUGGAAAAUUUGCCGAAAGAAGCGGAAAAAAUUGUGCCUGUCGCGGAUGAUGAGGACCCAGUGAGACGAAAACGAGCAGAAAUUAACUCCAAUAUCGCAGCUCAGUUGAAUUCCGCAUGGGUUCCGGACUUUUGUAAGCGCUCCAUGUUCUACAAGACACCAACGGCAGCGACAAACAAACAAUUUGCGCCGAAAAACUUGACACUGCCAUACAUGAGAGUCAGUCAGAAGCAAAUUACCGAAGAAAUUAAGGAAUAUUGGCGCACGCAUUCGCCGUCGGUGUUUCAACAAACCGACAAACGUACCUUGUUGCCGUCGAUAUUGCAGGAAAACGAUAGGAAUUUAUUUGCAGUGCCUACCUCGAGCUCUUAUGAUAGCUUAAAAGUCAUUGAAAGAACGUUUAGUAAGUCGAGCAGUAUUGAUGGGUUGUCAGAACGAUCGGCAGGAACGAAAGCAGAGGAAAGAUUGGUCCAACAACUGAUUAAAAAUGAGGAAAGUAAGGAAGAAACGGAGAUGAAAGCUUUAAUUGAGGAAGUUGAGACCUUGAAAUCACUAAUUGACACACAAUCAUUUGAAUUAAACGAAGUCACGAGUGCUUUAGAUGAGAAAGAAGUCGAAAUUGGGGCAAUUAUGGAGGAAAUUAAAGCGAUCGAAGCGGAACAGAAGACUGAAGAUAGGUUGGAAAUGUUAUUAGAGGAUCCGGAAAAUAGUAUAGAGAAGUUGGAGGAACGUCUUGAGGCGAUGGCGGAUAAGAUGAAGACUCUGCAACGUCAAUGGGAAGAAGCAAAGGCUCCAAUCGAGCAGGAAUUAAAAGAUGCCGAAGAGAAAUACAAUCAACGAGAUAAAAAAAUAAUCGACGAAAUCCGUCGCAUCCGAGAAACGCAAGAAUCCCUCAUCGAAGACCUCCAAUCAAAAAUCGACACGCAUCAACAACUUUCCGCCCAACUUGAACGCAUUGGUCGCGGAAUCAUCCGCAGCGACUUCACAAAUCGCAUUCUCGAGAUAAUUUCCAACAUCAAGAAGCAAGAAAAGGACAUUGAAAACAUCCUGCGAGACACGCGACAACUUCAGAAGGAAAUCAACACGCAAUCCGGACAACUAGAUCGCGAAUUCACCGCCGUCGACGAUCUGAUAUUCAAAAGUGCCAAACACGACGACUACUCGAAACGAGCUUAUAAACUUCUGGCAACGUUACACGCUGACUGCACGGAAGUUGUGUCACUUGUCGAGGAAACGGGAACAAUAAUUCGUGAUAUUCGCGACUUGGAGGAACAAAUUGACGUGGAACGCAGCAAAAAUGUCGCCGAAAGUCUGGCACGAAUAACGGCGGAUUUGGAAGAAAUGGAAAAAAUGACGUGAAAAUGCAUUUAAAA